UCUCAUUCAACUUUUUCAUAUAUUAUUGGUAUAAUCCUUUCUUCUUUUUCUUCUUCUUUUUUUUUCUUUUUUUUUUUCUUCUUUCUAGGUCUUCACACCAUGCACAUGCAAGUAUAGCUAAUAAAAUUAGAAAAAAAAAAAACUGACGAAGAGAGUAAGAAACACCUGCCAGGUGAUGCGCCGCGAGGGACACCACCCAAUUGGCUGCCGUGUGAGCUUAACCUUGGUAACAAACUAACAAUAAAUAAAACAAAAUGCGGAGAACCAACACUGAGCUUCCAGAACUGCCUUCCUUUCCUCCUCUCCCAAGUAAAAUAUUGGAUGGUUGGUGACGAAUACAGCAUUAUAUACAUCCUUAACCAUCCAUGCAACUAUCCUCCAUGCCUACGCUCCAUAUUCCAUUAUCCCCAGCACCACUGCUUACCUUACGUGUGUCAUCCAUGUAUCAAGGAUGCUCACCCUGAGAUUGGCAUCUUCUCCUCGUAGAUUCAUAGAUGGUGCAAUAAACUCAAACUAACACAAUCAAAACGGUCGGCAAAUUUCGAAAGUAAUAUACUCUCUCCUCCCCCCACUUCUUUCGUACCGCGAUCCACGCCCUCUCUGUCUCGCUCUGUUUUUCUCUCCCCUCAUCACCUCGAGGAGUUGCUUAAAAAUAUAUAUCCAAAUAAAACCACUCCUCAGCUCCCAAUCUCUUCCCCCUAAAACCUCUCCCCGCCACAACCUCCCCUCCUCCCCCAUUUCCUCUCCUCUCCUCCCCGUCCUCUCAUUCUUACUUCCCACUUUUCCCAAAACGGAACCGAUCUGCUUCCCCUCUGACCGCCCCGCACCCCUCUAAACUCGAGAGGAAGCGGAUCCAUUCGUUAAGAUAAAGGUCGAAGAAUUAAAGACCCUCCCGAAAUCCAAAUAGAAGGAGAAGGAAGGAAAAGAACUGAGUGUUCGAGAGGAUGGCGAGCCAUCUCCAGCGCCGGGUCCAUUCCUUCUCCUCGGCCCUCCUGGCGGCGGUGCUCGCGGUGGCGGUGGCCCUGUCCUUCGCGGCGCCGUCGGCCGCGAAGCUGACGCCCAAGUACUACCAGAAGACGUGCCCCCGGGCGGCGGAGAUCGUGACGCAGGUGGUGACCAGCAAGCAGAUCGCCAACCCGACCACCGCCGCCGGCACCCUCCGGCUCUUCUUCCACGACUGCUUCGUCGGGGGCUGCGACGCCUCCGUCCUCAUCUCCACCAACGCCUUCAACCGCGCCGAGCGCGACGCCGACAUCAACCUCUCCCUCCCCGGCGACGGCUUCGACGUCGUGGUCCGCGCCAAGACCCAGCUCGAGAUCGAGUGCCCCGGCAUCGUCUCCUGCUCCGACGUCCUCGCCCUCGCCACCCGCGACCUCGUCACCAUGCUCGGCGGGCCCUUCUACCCCGUCCUCCUCGGCCGUAAGGACGCCCUCGCCUCCAAGGCCGACACCGUCGAGGGCAACCUCCCCCGCCCCAACGUGACCGCCUCCCAGAUGAUCUCCAUCUUCGCCGCCAAGGGCUUCACCGUCCAGGAGAUGGUCGCCCUCUCCGGCGCCCACACCGUCGGCUUCUCUCACUGCAAGGAGUUCGCCCACCGGAUCUACAACCACAACAAUCGCGGCCAGAAUGCCUUCGACCCCUCGAUGAACCCCAAGCUCGCGGAGGCGCUGCAGAAGGCCUGCGCCAACUACCUCAAGGACGAGACCAUCGCCACCUUCAACGACAUCAUGACGCCGGGCAAGUUCGACAACAUGUACUUCAAGAACCUGGCCAGGGGCCUGGGGCUCCUGGCGUCCGACCAGAUCCUGAUGUCGGACCCGAGAACGAGGCCCUUCGUCGAGCUCUACGCCGCCAACAACACCGCCUUCUUCAACGACUUCGCGCGCGCCAUGGAGAAGCUCAGCGUGCACGGGGUGAAGACCGGGAGGGAGGGGGAGGUCCGGCGGAGGUGCGACACCUUCAACAAUUGAUUGAUCUGAAAUGAGAUGUCCUUCUGCUCCUUUGAUACUUGCUGCCGUUUUGUCUGGAUUGGAAUAGAUUAAUUAAUGCUCGAGGAGAUUUGAGCGGGAAGGCAUUUUGGCUUUGAAGUUGACACAAGGGAUAUGAUGAGAAUCGGAGAGAUCACAAUUAUUUUUAUUUCUGAUGAAGUUGUUACUAAUAUAAGUGUUAUAUAUUCAUAUUUAUGUAUCAAUUCAAUUCCUUUGGCGAUAUAACCUCCGGUGAUGAUUAUAGUGUGAGGUACAUGCCAACCUGUUCAUUUAGUCUAGCCUACUUUAUAAAAGGUUUGGUGCUUAAUUUCUUCCCCC